AUGAUAGACCCUCCGUUACGACAGGACGAGGAUUACCCAUCGUAUGUGCAACCAGAUGAGAAGAGCAGCUACGUAAGGUGGGCCGAAAGCUGGCAAAACCCAAAUGUAAAGGGCAGUGAAGAAAAAGAAAAAAGAGGUUACUAUGGCACCUACCCAGUUAGCGAUAACCCCGCAUACACAGUGCCCUACAGAUAUAAAGUGGUUAUUCCUACGCGGCGCAAAAAGGUGAAAGGGAUUUCAGAUGCGAAUGAGCAAAAGAGGGGAGAGAAAAGCAAAGGAGAACCCAAUGACCCUGCGGAAAACAUAAAAGAGGAGUACAGUCGAGAUGUGAGCAACCAGCUUAGUUACUCCGAUUUCGUAGGGUUCAGAAAUCCAACCCUAGAGACAAUGGACAACUACAGAUACUGGCAAGAUACUGGAUUCAAAAAAUUUCUGCAUCGAACCUUCCCCAUAAAAUUACCUGAACAUAAAACAUUGAACCCUGUAUUUAGAGAGUACAUUUACUUUCUUCAUUCCUUGGACCCGUUUCGUUUUUCUGUGAAGAAGCUGAGUGAGAGAUACUUCCUCUCACAAAAGUGUAUCCAAUCCAUUUACAAGGAGGAAAGUGUGAAGCGAUUCCUUAAAGAAAAUGACCUCUGUGAUGAAAAGACAAAACGAAUUAGCAAAAACGAAGCCGUGUUAAAAAUUAAAGAAUUAAUAUAUGCACAAAAAUUAGGGUACAAAGAUAUUGGUGAUUUUGAAAAUGUAAAAAAUGAAGACGACCAAUUCCAGGGACAUAAAAACACCUUCGAUGUUAUCAACAGGCAGGUUAUUCAGGUGGAGUCCAUUUCUGCCUUUCCAUUACCGGACCGGCGGGACCCCGUGCCUAAGCGUGUGGACGUAGAUAUCCCGGUGGGCAACUCUGCAAAUGUAAAAAUUAUGAAUUGGGUCAACCCUAACGAUAAGGUCGUUUUUUAA